AUGGUGAUGGGGACUGAGCAAGAUGAUCAUGAGGAGUUGGAGGUUGACGAGGAAGAUAAGGAGGAUACUGAUAUGAAUGAGAUUGAAGGAAUGCAGGUUGUUGAGGAGAUGAUUGGGGGGUAUGAGUGUCCAGCGUUUACUUUGACAGAAACUAAGAAGAAACAGAUUUAUCAUCCAUGGAAACGGUGUGUGAUCGUUAAAUUACUUGGUAGGAAGAUUGGCUAUAAGACCCUGGAAUCAAGACCAAAUUUUGAACCCUUAAGUGAUACCAUUGAUGGAGUUACAGUUUGGGUUAGGAUUUCUGGUGUACCUAUUGAAUUUUAUGAUGCUAAGGUGCUAACUGGUGUCAGUAAUAGAAUUGGCCGUGCAGUAAAGAUUGACAAGAACACCAUGCAGCAUGAAAGAGGAAAGUACGCUCGAUUUUGUGUUAUGGUUAAUCUUUCCAAACCCUUGGUUGUUAUGUUUAGUAUGGAGGGGAAGAAAUAUAAAGUGGAAUGCGAGGGGGAAGAUGGCCAGGAGCCAAUUUGUGAGGUCUUGUCUCAUGCUAGUGGUGUUGAUGCGGGUAACAACCAUGCAGAGAAUAAAGCAGAAGAUAGUCUUGUGGGAGCCAAUGUGCAAGAUGGCCUUCUUAAGUCCUUGGAUACGCGAAAUAAGCAAGGCAAUGAGGGUGAGACUCCAAUGAAUGAUCAUAUACCGGGUGUUAGAGGCAUAUUGAGCUUUAAGGAGAUGAGUGGAACGAGUAAAAAGGGGAAUACGGAAGCAUGGCAGGAGGAUAUUGUGGGGAAGAAACUGGAGAAUAUUCAAGUGGAGCAAUUGCGAAAUGAGAUGAUAACAAUGGUUGAUGAUGUGAGGACAUGGAGUGAGGAGCAUGGUGAGAAUGCUAGGAGUACACUAACUUGCACUCAGUUUACCUUUGGCACACGACCACUUGACAAAGGUUUAGAAAUCGAGGAUGCAAUGCAUGAAGAUACUAAUACACACAAGGUAGUUGAUUUAACUGGUACUGAUAAUACCAGUUCAGCAGAUACAUAA